AUGGUGAAGCUUGCUGAGUUCAAAGACUUUGGAGCUUUGAAGCUUCGGAAGAUGCCAGCAGCGGCACCAGCUUUCAACAGGAUACUGGACCAUCUUGCGCGGCGCCAGCUUCUGCUGGAUUUUCAAUUUGGCGCAGCUGGAAGUAGUUAUGAGGCGAUCCGGAAUAUUGGUGCCGGCGCUUUUGGCAUUGUUUGCGAAGCAGUGGAAGCAACUUCUGGAACAAAAGUUGCUAUCAAAAAAAUUGGCCACGCAUCGGCGACGCCAACUUUGGCUAGGCGUACAUUACGCGAAAUUCGAGUGCUACGUUACAUUGCUCACGACAAUAUUGUUGGUCUCAGGGAUAUAUUUCGAACGCCCGGAAAUUUAGGAUUAAAUGUUUACCUCGUGAUGGACUUAAUGGAGGGUAAUCUGCAUCAUAUAAUUUAUGGUGGCGGACCAAUGGAGGAUGAUCUUAUCGCGCAUUUUCUGUAUCAAAUAUUACGCGGUCUCAGGUACAUACACACUGCCGGUAUUGCUCAUAGGGAUCUGAAACCGUCAAAUCUGCUUGUGAAUAGCGACUGUCAUCUGCGUAUUGCGGAUUUCGGUAUGGCCAAAUUGGCAAUGAAGGAUCAUGUUGAGGAGGCUGAAGAGCAUUGCUUCUACAUGACCCAGCAUAUCGCCACUCUUCCGUAUCGGUAA